AUGCGCAUCAACAGCAGCAGGAAACAGCAAGGUCCUCCAGCAGGGUCUCCUCCUCCACCAUAUCCACCCCUGUCUGGUGGCCCAAAUGAUCCCCCACCAGCACCUGUUGCAUUGCACAACUUGCUGGCAAACUUGGUGCCAGAUGUUUUACUCACUCUUGCAGUGCAGGCUGUUCAGGGUCAGCCUCAACAGAAUCUGCCCCAUCAAAAUCACAUACCCCAAUCACUGCCCCCCAGUGACCAACAUGCUAUCCAGCCAGACUUAGAAACUGCGUCGGAUGUACAGGCACUGUGGAGUAUAUGUGAGAACCUCCAACACGAGGUUAAUUGCCUGAAACAUAGUCACAAAGAUGACGGUGAUGAGGCAGAUGAUGAGGACGAGCCUACAGAUAAAGGUAUGUGUCAGAAGAAGAAGAAGAAGCUGAUGAAGGGCAAGAUACGGAUGUACCUUCUCAACUGCCCUCUUCAAGAACUCUCAGCAUCAGCAAACUACUUUGUUCUGUACAGAACUGUACAGAGCUGUACAAUGCGAUAG